GGGCAGAAUGGCCAGACAUCAACAGACAGGCAACCUGGCCGCCGAUGUACCUGGGGGAGCAGAAGGUGUCCGAGCAGCAGUGCUAGGAGAGAUAUACGAAGUGGCAAGGGUACUGCACCGACCACCCUCGGAGCUGGCAGCACCACCUCGACGGGCCGGGUGGUUGCCUGAAGGCUCACCUCCUGAAAAGCAGGAGGCAUAUAGAGGUGGUUGACCCCGAUACAUGAUGGAUGGGUGAUAGGGAGAAAGGGGACAGGGACGAGGUUGCAGGGUCGGCGUGUGUAUGGUGACGGUGACAA